GAAAUGUCAGAAGAUUCAAAUUCAAUAUUAACAACCAUAAAGUACUACAAGAGUAUUUUAAAAUUUCCAUCCUUUCCAAAAUAAUACUCAGAAUUAGACGAGACUUAAGAGUAGAGUGAUCUAUUUUUUUGUAAUUCAAAAUAGAGAAAGGAGGAAAGCUUAAAGUUAUUAAAAGAAUGGGCCUAAGAUAGAAUGGAAUUGUUCGAACGGAAUAGAGAAAUUGUGGAAGAAUUAGCAAAUUCAUGUGAUUACAAAAUCCGAUUAUCAGUUGAUUUCCUUCAAAUUGUUUACAAAUUUUUCAAUGAGAAAUAUUUCCAUGAGUAACAAUAUGCUUAAUUUCUUAUCACUAAACCUUAACCUGCAAUGAAAUAAAACCCAUUGAAUUAGUAACUUUAUGCUACUGUCGGAAUCUCAGUCUCAACAUUUGAGGAAAACAAUUUAAAAAGAUUAGAAAAAAUUGGAAAUUUUGCUCAUAAAAUUUAAACUGAAAUACUUAAAGCCAAAUCCUUUAGCGAAUUGGGUGAUAUGGAUAGAAAAUUGGAUGUGCUCUUGAGUUCAAUAAUUACAUAGAAAAAAUUAUUGUAAAAUUACAUUACAACAGCAGGUUAGAAAUUGAAUUUAAUAAUCUAAUAAUUCCCACAGCAUCAAGUACCUUAAAGACAGAGAAAACCAAUAUUUGACGAGUAAUAAUAAUAAGGUAAAACUGAUAAGUAAAAUACAUAAGCUCAAGGUAAUGAAGUAGUUGGAACAGAAUUUCAAUAAAAUCCAGCUGAUAUAGAACUUAAUAAAUAGAUAAAAGAAUAAGAAAGAUAAAUUAGGGAAUAAUAAUUAAGAGAUGAAUAAAGUUUAAGUAAUGGAAGUGAAUUAAAAUCAGAAGACUUGUAAGAAUAACAAGAAUAAUAAAAAUAAGAGUUAUAAAUAUCACUUAACAAAGAAGAUGAAACUAAAAGUGAAACAAUCUAGCAUAAAGAAGAAUAACCAUAAUAAUUUCAAAAUCAAGAAUAACUUAAGGAUAAUUAGGAGUAGUCUGUCUAAUAGCAAUCAUAAGAAAAAUAGCCGUAGCAUUUUGUAGAAACAUUAAGUAGUGCAGAAUAAUACAAAUAAUAAUAAUAAUUAAAAGAACGAUAAACAUUAGAUUAAAAUAAAUUGAAAUCAAAAAAUUACUAAUCUUAAGGAUAGCCAAAUAUCUAGUAAUAUAUUAAGAAUGAGGAUGGAAAAAAGUAACAAAAUUAAUAAGUGGAUGUGUAUAGACUUAUAAUUAGUUUUGUGGCCACUCAAUAGUAUGCUAAUAAAUUAUUGAAUUAAUUGGUAGAAAAGGUUUUAUCAUAUUGGAAAUAAGUCAUUGCUAUUGAAUAAACAAGGGCAUAAUGGGCUAAAGAUUCAUGUUAGAUUUAUAAAAAAGGAAUAGCAGAAGUUCAUAAUUUAUAAGUAGAAUUACCAGAAUUGACAAUAGAUGUUGAGGAUCAUUACAAAUUAAAAAAGUUAUUACCAAAAGAGAUGUCUUAAUUUGAAGAUGGACAUGAAGAGGAAUUCCUUUAGACUUUAGUUAUAAAAGAACUGGGAUGCCAAGCAGCAAGAUUGUUGUUGAUUAAGGAAUUCAAAGUACAUGUUAUAGAUAAAACUAAUGAGAUAUAAGCUAUCCUAGUGCUAACCAUAGAUAAAUAUGUUGGUUGUUGGCUAAAACAUGAUGAAACUGUAGAAGGUAUUUAUUAAUUUGAAUUAAAGCUAUUGAUAAUCCAGUUCUUCAUUAUCCUAUUAAUGGUAUGGCAAUUCAGAAUGUUAAUGAACUAGUGUUAGAUAUUAUGCCCUCAAGACACUUAUUGUUUUUGAAUGUAAUAUUAAUAUAUUCAAAGUUAGAUUGCAAAUGAUAGACAGAAAAGUAGAAUUAAAUUCCAAACACCAGAUGAUAAGGAAGAAUUUUGUACGAUAUCAUAAGCAAAGGUUUGAAUAUUUU